GGUGUCGUGUCGGUGAUUUUUUUUUUGUCGAUUUGUUUUAAAAUCGUGUUGAGAAAAAGCGAGAAAAUAUACAUAAAUUGGAAUUGUUUUUUUUUUCGGUGCGAGAAUUUCGUCAGCUAACGGUAGCAUUGCAACACACACACACACACCAGACACAAAACACACACAUACAUAUAAAUAAAUAGAAUAAUAUACGAAACGUUAAAUGUCAGAAUAUAUAAAAAACGGCAAAAUGUCAGUCGUGAGUUAAGACACAAAGCACAAUAACAAAUAACGAAUAACGUGAGGGAGAGCAAACGAAGCUAAACGAAGCAAAAGCAAAAGUGAUAAGAAGCAAAGCGAAAAUUGUGACAAAAAUAAGGAACAAAAAGGAGUAUCAAAACAUUGUUAAAUUACAGCACUAUGGAUAACAGCGGCGUCCGGGGUAAUGGUGGCAGCGGAAGCAGUCGCACCGCUACAGUGGUGGUCAAUAAAAUAGUCAACAACUACUCCCUGCCAGCGUCGCCAGUGCCGCCCGUUACUAGCACCAGUGGCAGCAGCAGUCCCACCACGUCUUCCUCCUCCUCCAGCAAUGGCUCGUCAGCGGAGUCUUUCGUGACCCCCAAGAAGGAUUUUCCUCCCAAUGCGAAAAUUUUACAAACCAUACGGGAGAAACUAUUGACACCUGGCGGAGCCUGCGAACUCCUUGCCCUGGGUAUCUCAGCUGAGGAUAUAAGCAGUACUGGGGGCACCGGGAGUAGUAGUUCCAGUGUCAAUAGCAACAACAGCAGCAGCAGCAUCAACAACAACAUUGAACCAGCCGUCAAAGUGAUCAAGAACCGUUACCUAAUCAGUGCCCAACCUAGUCACAUCUCGGCCGCUGCAGCGGCCAAAACACCCGCCUCGUAUCGCCAUCUCAUCGAUCUCACCUCCUCGAAUCUGAAGUGUGUGGAUGUCUUCAGCGGUGAGCAGUUCCUCUGCAAGAUCAUCAACGAACCACUGCACAAGGUCCAGCGUGCCUAUUACCAAUUGCAGCAAGAGGAGACUCUGUGCCGGAGCACCCUAUACAAUCAUACAUUGAUCCGCGCCGUGCAUGACAUAGUUCCACUUUCCAAGGAUCGUACCUACAUCAUUAUUGCCCAGGCCCAGCAGUGCAAAGACUCUGUUGGUGUCCAAAUGGGUGUCUAUGAGAACCUUCACACCUACAUUCGGCAUCAGAAGCGUCUCUGUGAGGCAGAGGCUCGGGCAAUAUUUCAUCAGAUAUGCCAAACCGUUCAGGUGUGUCAUCGCAAUGGGAUUAUUCUCAGGGAUCUCAAGUUGAAGCGCUUCUAUUUCAUCGAUGAAGCAAGAACGAAAUUGCAAUAUGAAUCAUUGGAGGGAUCGAUGAUCCUGGAUGGCGAAGAUGAUACGCUUAGCGAUAAGAUCGGUUGUCCACUGUACACGGCACCGGAAUUACUUUGCCCACAGCCGACAUAUCAGGGUAAACCGGCGGAUAUGUGGUCUUUGGGUGUGAUACUCUAUACCAUGCUUGUUGGCCAAUAUCCAUUCUAUGAGAAGGCCAAUUGCAAUCUGAUAACGGUCAUAAGGCACGGCAAUGUUCAGAUACCGCCAACGCUCUCCAAAUCGGUACGUUGGUUGUUGUUGUCACUGCUGCGGAAGGAUUACACGGAACGGAUGACAGCGACACAUAUCUUUCUGACGCCGUGGCUAAGGGAGCAGCGACCAUUUCAUAUGUACCUGCCAGUUAAUGUGGAAGUGGCCGACGAUUGGGAUGAAGACGAGGAUGAUGAGGACAUGGAGGAGAGCGAUGAGUCCUGUCUGAAUGGAGGCGAUGAAAGCGGCAGACGAUUGUGUUCACUGAACGGAGAUAAGCAUCAUCAGGAUGAGUAUGAGGAUAUUGGUGUGGAACCAUUGGACUAUACCCGCACCACAUUGCAAAUGAGCCACCAACAGCAGACCCAAACGACGACGCAGCCGCAGCAAACAGUGGUUGAUGUUGUCGAUGUGGAUGUGGAUAUGGGCUGACAAUUAUCUAGUAAUAGUAUCAAGUCAAUCGGGAUACGCUCUCUCGGACACGCUGGCGCGUGAACUGCAUCUGCGGACCGGCUGGGAAUGGGUUGGCUGCCCAUUCCAUCCAUCGAUUCGAUUCUCUGGCAGUUGCUCCUGCAGAUGAUUUCCUACGGCUAAUGGGUUAAACCCACGCCAAGCGUCGACGCUGAUAGCGCUCCAUACGGCAACACACAGAAACCGACACCGACACACAUACACAUACACACACACAUUCAUCCACCUAAAAACUAUACAAAAAAGACUUUGAAGCCUCGCUCACGCUCUUCACGUUCUCCACUGUCAGUCAGUCACUCACUCACUCAAAAACUCACUGCCUUCCAAUUUUUUUAUUUUUUUUAAAUGAAUUUAAGAUUCAGUUUAACUUUAAACCCAAUCCCUAAAAAACAAAAAACAAAAAAAAACCAACUCCUCGUUCUUCUUACUUAUACAUAUAUAUAUAUAUACCCUAUGUAGAUGUUAUAUUAAAACCCGCCACUGCAACUGA